AUGAACAAUGGCAACACUAAUUGUUCUACUACAACAGGAGUUGCACCUCAAAUAUUUGCGUCAGCAAUUCAUUUCAUAGCUGCAACACAAUGUUUCAUGCCAGAAAAUUCAUUUCCGUACUAUGGAGAUAACGACACCUAUGAUUUCAUCAUCGUUGGUGGAGGUUCAGCUGGAAGCGUAGUUGCAAACCGACUCAGUGAAAACAAAGCUUGGAAAAUAUUACUUCUUGAAGCAGGGCCCGAGCCUCCAAUCGAAUCUGAUAUACCGUCCAUGACCCCAACUCUUUUCCAAUCUAAAUAUAGUUGGCAAUAUUUUACUCAGAAUGAUGGAAUACGGCAUCAAGCAUUUAAAACUGGUUCUGUGUUUUGGCCACGCGGUAAAAUGUUAGGAGGAAGUAGUUCAAUGAAUGGAAUGAUCUAUAUCAGAGGUAGAAAUCGUGACUUUCAAAAAUGGAAAGAUGAUGGUAAUCCAAGUUGGUCUCCACAAAAUGUUAACUUUUAUUUUAAAAAAGCAGAAAGUUUUCAAAACUACAAGCUACUGCAGAAUCCUUAUGUAAGAAAUACAUAUGGAAUUCACGGUCCACAAGUUAUUAACUCAUUCAACCUUACAUACAGGGAUACUACCUCUCACGUUUUAGAAUCUUGGGAUUUUAUGGGCUUUAAACGCGUAAAUGACAUUAACGCAGCAACAUUUAAAGGAUUAGGUAUAUGCGGUAUUUUUGCUGCAACGGCUGCAAAUGGUCAACGAUAUAGCACAUACAAAUCAUAUUUAGAAUCAAUAAAGAAUAGAGAAAAUUUAAAAAUUGUUACGAAUGCCUUCGUAACAAAAAUUUUAAUAAAUGAUGAUAAAAAGUCAUAUGGAGUCCAAGCGAAUAUUUUAGGGGAACCAAAAACUUUUUAUGCAAAAAAAGAAAUUAUAAUCAGCACAGGAACGAUAAAUACUCCACAGUUGUUAAUGUUAUCUGGAAUUGGACCUAAAGACCAUUUAACAUCUAUGAACAUUUCCUGUAAGGUCAAUCUACCAGGAGUAGGUAAAAAUUUACAUGAUCACAUCAGUGUUCCUAUUCUUAUAUACGGCGAUGAGCCUGGGGAAGAGAAUCAAGCAGAGCGAUUAUUUGAAGUCUUACAGUACAUGUAUAACAAAACUGGAUAUCUUGGGCAAAAUAAUUUUAGCGAUAUCACGGUAUUAUUUUCACGUAAUCAAAGUGUAGGAUAUCCGGAAUUCCAAAGUCUUUUACACAUUUUCGGAAAAAAAUCGCAAUCGAUCCAACAUCUUUUUGCAAUGUAUGAAGACUAUAUACGAAAUUCUUUUAUAAAACCAAAUCUAAAUAAAUCUCUAUAUUCGUUUGAAUUCCAUCUCUUACAUCCAAUUUCGAGGGGUUCAAUAUAUUUAAAAUCAUCAGAUCCCUACGAUUACCCAAUAAUUAAUGCUAAUUAUUUUGGUGAAGGCAAAGAUUUACAAGACACAAUCGACGGUAUAAAAAUGCUCACGAAGGUAGUAAAAACUCCAUAUUUUAAAUCUAUAAAUGCCUUUGUUCAUAGAGUAAAUAUAUCUGCCUGUAAUAAAUAUGUUUUUGAGAGCGAUUCGUACUGGAAAUGCUACGUUAUUAACACGAGUGCGACAGUAUACCAUCCGGUCGGUACAGCGAAAAUGGGGCCUAAUCCAAAAGAUUCGGUUGUAAACGACUCCUUGAAAGUCCACGGAGUAAAAGGAUUACGAGUUGUAGAUGCUAGUAUAAUGCCUACGAUUACUAGUGGAAAUACGAAUGCUCCAACGAUUAUGAUUGGUGAAAUGGGCUCCGAUAUGAUUAAAUUUGACCAUUAG